GCCGUCGGCGGGACUUCCGUGUUGGCGGGAUUCUGAACGCUGCCAUGGCUCAGACCGUGCAGAACGUUACAUUGUCUCUCACUCUGCCCAUCACGUGCCACAUUUGCUUGGGGAAGGUACGUCAGCCUGUCAUAUGCAUCAACAACCAUGUAUUUUGUUCAAUUUGUAUCGAUUUGUGGUUGAAGAAUAAUAGCCAAUGUCCAGCUUGCAGAGUCCCCAUCACUCCUGAAAAUCCUUGCAGAGAGAUUAUAGGAGGAACAAGUGAAAGUGAACCUAUGCUAAGCCAUGCAGUCAGGAAGCACCUUCGGAAAACGAGACUUGAGUUACUCCACAAGGAGUAUGAGGAUGAAAUAGAUUGUUUACAGAAAGAAGUAGAAGAGCUUAAGAGUAAAAAUCACAGCUUGGAGUCACAGAUCAAGACUAUUCUGGAUCCUUUAACUUUGGUGCAGGGCAGUCAAAAUGAAGAGAAACAUCCAGUUACAGAUAAUCCAAGUAAAAUUGACCCAGAAACUGUAGCAGAGUGGAAGAAAAAACUCAGAACAGCUAAUGAAGUCUAUGAAAAAGUGAAAGAUGAUGUGGACAAGUUAAAGGAGGCAAAUAAAAAAUUGAAAUUGGAAAAUGGUGGCCUGGUGAGGGAGAAUUUACGACUGAAGGCUGAAGUUGAUAACAGAUCACCGCAGAAGUUCGGAAGGUUUACAGUUGCCGCUCUUCAGUCCAAAGUAGAACAAUAUGAACGUGAAACCAGUCGCCUCAAGAAAGCCCUGGAACGAAGUGAUAAAUAUAUAGAGGAACUAGAAUCUCAAGUUGCACAGCUAAAAAAUUCAAGUGGUGAGAAGGAAGCUGUGACUUCCAUUUGCCAGAGAGCACUUUCUGCAGAUGGCAAGGGGAACAAAGGCAACGAGGAGGAUGUGGCAUCAAAGAAUCAAGGUGAUGGUGCCAGAAGACAGCCUGGCUCAUCUACCCCAAGUUCUUCUCACCAGGCAAAGCCUUCCAGCAGCAGACUCUCUGACACCACUUCUGUCAGGCAGGAAAGGACCAGCAAAACAGAACCAAACUGUUCUAACAAUGAAGACCUAUAUCAAGAACAGGUAGAAAUAGUGUUAGAUGUGACAGAUACAAGUAUGGAUUCUUAUUUGGAAAGCAAGUGGGGUAAUAAACCAAGCGAUUGUGUACCCUACAAAAAUGAAGAACUUUAUGAUCUUCCUGCUUCUUGUACUCCUUUGUCCCUUAGUUGCCUUCAGCUUAGUACUCCAGAAAGUAGAGAGAGCUCUGUGGUCAAAGCAGGAGCUUCCAAAAAGCACUCAAACCAUCUUAGAAAAUUGGUGUUUGAUGAUUUUUGUGAUUCUCCAAAUGUUUGUGAUAAAGAUUCUUCAGAAGAUGACAUAAGUAGAAGUGAAAAUGAAAAGAAAUCAGAAUGUUUUACUUCCCCAAAGACGGGAUUUUGGGAUUGUUGUUCCACAAGCUAUGCCCAAAGCUUGGAUUUUGAAAGUUCAGAGGGGAAUACAAUAGCAAAUUCUGUUGGAGAAGUAUCUUCAAAAUUGAAUGAGAAAUCAGGCUCAUGUUUAUCCAAGAGGUUGAAUUCUAUUCGCUCUUUAGAAAUAAAUCGGACAAGAACAUCUAGUGAAGCAUCAAUGGAUGCUGCUUACCUUGACAAAAUCUCUGAGUUGGAUUCAAUGAUGUCAGAGUCAGACAACAGCAAGAGCCCUUGUAAUAAUGGUUUUAAGUCAGUGGAUUUGGAUGGGUUAUCAAAGUCACCUCAAGGCAGUGAAUUUCUUGAAGAACCUGAUAAGUUGGAAGAAAGAACUAAGCUAAACCAUGCCAAAGGUUCUCUAACUACUGAUCAGUUAGAUAAUGGAAAUGAAUGGAAAUCCACUUCUUUUUUCCUUCUCUCUCCAUCUGACCAAGAAAUGAAUGAAGAUUUUUCACUCCAUCCCAGUUCUAAUGCUGAGACUAAUGAAAUCAAACCCCCAAGCUGUUUGUUUCAGACAGAGUUUUCUCAGGGUGUUUUGUUAAGCAGUUCACAUCGACUGUUUGAAGAUCAAAGGUUUGGGUCAUCUUUGUUUAAGAUGUCCUCAGAGAUGCACGGUCUUCAUAACCACCUUCAGUCUCCUUGGUCUACUUCCUUUGUGCCUGAAAAGAGGAAUAAAAAUGUGAAUCAGUCAACGAAAAGGAAAAUCCAGAGCAGCCUUUCCAAUGCCAGCCCAUCAAAAGCAACUAAAAGUUGACUCAUUAGAAAGGUGCCAUUUGUGUUUUUGUCUUGAGAGGAAUAUAAAAGUUUUUAAAAUUGCUUUUCCCCCCUCAUAAAAGUUCUAUACAAUUUUGAAUUAAGAAUCUUUAGUCAAGUGUCAAGUCAAAAUGGUGGAUUAACCUGUACCCAGAAUACUUAUGUUUAUUUUGGAAAGACUUUGGUCCUUAUAUUUUUAUUUGGCGAUCUUUUUGACCACAGAAGGUAGGGAGAGGUUUAUGGUUUUGGUUCUUUUGGUUUUUUAAAAUAUUAUAUGUAUGUGGGUUGAGUGUUUUCUUGAAUCUUAUUUAACUAUUAGAUACUGUGGCCUGCUAAUGAGCCUCAGUUGUCUCCAGAACUUGGAUUACUUAAAUAAAACUUCUAGUUUUGUCUACACACUGCUCAUAAGACACUUGUGUUUCUUUAAAGCUUUUACUAAGGUGGAAAUUACUUUGCCUGCCCCUUUUUAUUUAUGUUUAGUGCUGGCCUGCCUAACUCUUAUGCAAGGCCAUGAUGGAGAAAUAGCACUCCACCCUUAGUCCAGUAUUCAUUUACUUUUUUUUAGGUUUUGUGUGUAUGUUUGCCUUUUUUCAAUAUUGCUCUU